AUAGUGAUGAUGACAAUGACCUUAAAGCAUAGUAUGCCUGGUCGCGCGAAACGUCAAUUUCUUUUCUUCGCUUGACAAGCGCGCCAGCUUUAGCAAUUGCAACAAAGUGGGUUGGUUCUUGGCUGGUCCCAGAUACUUGCUAUAUACCCACUGUAUGGGAGGCUAGGCCAUGAAUUGGGUGGUAGUACAUAGGGAAUCGCAGGCAAGGAAGUGCGCCAUCCGCAGAAGAUGAGGAAGAGGAGAUAGACGGCAGCAGCCCUUGAGGGGGCAGGGGUCGGAUUGUCCCAGGGAUGCGGCCACGCGGGCGCUAAGGGGCACGGGGGCGGCCAUGGCGUCGUCGGAAGGGCGGCCCGAAGAGGCCUCGUCGCGUUCAGGCGGCGGCGGCUGCGGCGGCAACACGCACGAUGGAUCGGACAACGCGGACGAGACGUCCAGCAUGGGCGAGUCGCCCAUGUGCCGCAUCUGCUUCCGUGGCUCCCGCGCCGGCAGCCUGCUGUCGCCGUGCAACUGCAAGGGCACCAUCGGGCUCGUCCACAAGGAGUGCCUCGAGGAGUGGCUCUCGCGACGCAACACCGACGAGUGCAACAUCUGCUCGUACCAGUUCAAGGUGGAGCGGACUCCCAAGAGCAUCUGGGACUGGCUCCGCGACCCGAGCAGCCGGCCGAACCGCUGGUACAUCCUGGUCGACAUGUCCCUGUCCCUGUUCGGCGGCGUCAUGCUGCUCGUGUCCGCCUGGCUGUCGGCCGUCGAGAUGAUCAGCGGCAUCUCGUCGGUGCUCGGCUGCGUGCUCAUCUGCGUCAUCGUGGUGCUGGCGGGGCUCAUCUGCGUCGCCGACAUCUACCUCAUGGUGCGCCACCACCACCAGGCGCUCGUCCAGUGGCGCCAGAACAACUGGGGCGUCCGGCUCGUGCUUCCCACCGGCACGAGCGAGAGCGUGGUCCCAUCGGACGGCAGGGGUCCGCCGCCGCCACCGCCCUCGGAGCCGCCGUCGAUGCCGCUGAACGGCACGGGCACCGCUGCCGCGCCGGUCGUCAACACGACGAACGCGACGGCGCCCCAGCAGCAAGAUUCGACGGCCACUGACCACCCCGUCAUGUGACGCGAACCCCGCCGACGCGAACCCUGUAGCACGGGUAGUCUCGAUACGUACCAGCGGCGUCGGAUGCGUAUUGGACAGACGGCUAAACUCUCGUCAGAUUCGUGCAGACGCCGCCACGCGAAUGCGCGACCGAGUCGUCCUUACAGCACGGUGCCAGCGUAUAUGGUACUGAACUCGGCGGUUGGAAGAUUUUACCAAAUUUCGGCGGACGGUGGCUAUAGUGCGCAGCAAUAUUACUUUUAGGCCUUCCGACGACGUCUGUCUUAAUGGGCGCGCUCGUGCGUGGACGAUUGGGGACGGUGUACGCAGAAAGAGAAAAUUCGGGGGCGAAAAUUAGUUCCGGGACGACUUGCCGCAUUAUGAAAAACAAGUAGAGCUCCGAGUAAAGCCGCACAAUGGGAAGUGCUUGAAACAAAUUCGUGUCACAGUAUUAAAGUGAAGGACUGGGCUAAGACGAUGCCUGCAUGGAUCAUGCUGUGCCAAUGGAACACGGAAGGAAAUGAAUUGGUUGCUUAAGUAAGGGCUCUCCGAAGCUUGUGAUGAGCUGGCAGCCGAGCUGCAUAAAUUUCGGAAGAGGAAUCAUCGUUUCCCGCAAAUAAACCAUUUUUGUGAGCCUGCCGUACAAGAAAAUUGGUGUCGCAUUGCUCUCACACAAAGCGACUGCUUUUAGUGUAAUGUAAGGCUCCCGUUCCUAUCAUUGUCCCAGAAGAUGGCGAAAAAAAGAAAUGGGGUCAAUCGCAUUAUACUGCAAAAUAAUACGCUGCCUACAACUUGCCGUCAACGCGAAUGUUUUUCGGAUAUAGUAAUUAAACCUCACGCAUAUAGUAUGAACAUCUGUGCGUGAUCAUGUGCGCCGAGUCUGGUCGUCCGAGAUGCUUGCUUUUGACAGGCCGGGUCUUCUCGCCUCUGUCUCAUCGCCUGCGUUCCUCGCCCUUCGUUGGGCUCGGCUUCUCUGCACUUGCGCAUACAUCGCGUGGCCUUGAUGCUAAGUUUCGGGGAACUUUUAUUCAGCCUGAACCCGCGGUCAACUUUCUGCGCAAAUAAAGGAUGAGGAGGCGAAGCGUAUGCCGUGACAACGCUCCUGAAAACAGUUCCACAGUACCGUUCGCUUUCGUUUAAGCUGGGUAAUAGAAAGCAAACAUCUUGCUUACUACAGCGCUUGUACUAAACUUAGACAAAGAAUACAGCACCAAGUCCAGCUCGAGUUGAAUUUUAUUUUUCUCUCUACUCUUCAGCAAGGAGGAAGGAAAGAAAGUAGAAGACGGCAUUAUGUCACGCAACCAGUCUUCUCAAGCCAACUCUCACUGAAGCCAUCCCUUCGCUUUUUCUCUCUAAAAAAAGAAAAGAAAAAGAAAGUUGACCCAACACAUGACCGUUGCCAUCGGAGGAGUUAAUGCUAGUUGAUCCUAGUGACAUCGGAGGAGUUAAAUGCUAGUGUCACGCCGCAGACGCGCAUGAAGCUGAAAUGAUUGUAAAUAUUCGUAACCUCUAUUGAGGAACAUAAAAACGCAAAAGUGAUUGCUUUAUGUUACGGAUAUACUUAUGAAAUAACAGUACAGUGUCACGAGGAGUAUGUAGUGGCGGCAGUGAAUGGUCGAGUUCAAAAUGUCUUGUACUUGUGUUGGUCAUGAUAACGCGAAAUAAAUCACGAAUCCCUAUUCUCAACCGAUUAUUCAAUUUA